AUGCCCAUGAGCUUCGGACGGUCCACCGCCUCCGCUUACAUCUCUUUCGGGAUACAUACGAGUCUCGUGGAUGCCUCCAAACACGGGCAUACGACCACCGUCGAGUGGUUGCUCACCGCCUGGAACGGGUGGGAUGCCGACACCACGCGAAAGGCGCUUCUGGAGGCUGUGAAUCAGUGGCAGGCGCAGGUUGUCGAUGUGCUGCUGCGGCAUGUCGAGUACGAGGAGGUGGUGCGGUAUCAGAUGCUGGAGAAGGCGUGCGGGUUGCAGGCGCUGCUGGCUGAUGGCGGGAUGCCGGGGAAUGAGCCCGAGGACCAGGAGAGGCAGCGCUCACUUGUGUCGAGACUUAUCAAUACCGGGCUGGAUCUGAACCAUCGCGAUCAAGUCUCUGGCCUGCCAGUUUUGCAUAUAGCAGCUAGUAAUGUUGUUCUCGGUGGCGCUCUCAGUGGGUUGCUGGCCAGUGGUGAGCUCAGAACCCCUUCACUAUUCCGUGGCGGAUAUGGACAAGCUAACAAUCACAAACGAGAGGCUCAGUACGAGUCCCUUGUCCAAUCCAACAACCACGGCGAAUCACUCCUCCACUACGCUGCCGCCGGUGCCAAUUUCGAAGUCUUGCAGUACCUUCUCGAGCUUGAUGUGAAUGCAUCCACAUUGUCAGAAGGUGCCGAGGGCAUUGAUGCUGAGACUUUGAGACAAAUCCGUGAACAAGGAGGCCUCGAAGUGAAUGCAGCCAACAGCAACGGCUGGACACCCUUCCUUUGCGCACUCACCCAGACAGUUCAGGCACCAACAGAACGAAGGCUAGGCUCCAGGUCGAUAGUCCACGAGAAGUCCGGAGCAGGUGCCCUACGGGCAGCACAACACUUGCUCUCAGCCGGCGCAGAUCCCAGCCUCGUCUCUGAAGAGGGCUGGGCACCGUUGCACAGCCUCGCAGGCCACGACUUCCCAGACACCCUGGAUGCCGAAGCCGCGGCCGCGCUGGCAGAGGACUUGAUAGCCAGAGGCGCCGACGUUAAUGCACGGGCGCCAGCGUUUUCCUACGGCUGGGAGGGCGGCGCGAGGUACGAGAGAGUACCAUGGCAGUGGCGGCUUCCUUGGGGAUUCCGUGGGGCCAAGCUGAUGGCUACGUACCCCGGUGCAGCGAGGCGAGGCAUCACGCCUCUUCACUGGGCCGCGGAUAAUGGGUGUGUCUGUGUGGCUAGGGUUCUGUUGGCCCAUGGUGCUGAUCCACUGGCGGAAGAUGAGAACGGUGCUACGCCGGAGACGACGGCGAGGUAUUCCAUGAGGACUGGAGCGUCACUGAUGGAGGAGAUGGCGCAGUUACUGAAACGAGGAUGA